CCAACGUGUAUGCUUGUAGAUGCUAGAUUUCAAUGCUUUUCCGACUUUGCUCCAAAGUCCAACUGGAGGGAGGAGGUGAAAUUAUAUUUUCUCUGCCUCUGUGUCAACACUAUCCAGUCUGUGUGCUGACGCAUUAACGGUCCACUGCCUCUUUUUAAAAUGGCCCAGUCAAUCCUCGACACCAUGCCCGGAGCCAGCACAGGAACCGCGGUGGUCACAGAGCCUCUGAAUUUCUGGGGUGGGAAACGAGUGAAGCCCCGGCAGGAGAAAAACGCAGAGCCCGUGUUUGAACCUGCGACUGGUCGUGUCUUGUGUCAGAUGGUACCCUGUGGGGCUGAGGAGGUGGAUGAGGCCAUGCAGAGCGCCCACGCUGCCUACCUAAAAUGGAGCAAGAUGGCGGGCAUGGAGAGAGCUCGAGUGAUGUUAGAGGCCGCCCGAAUUAUCAGGGAAAGAAGUGAGAAGAUUGCAAAGCUGGAGGUGAUCAACAAUGGCAAGACCAUCACUGAAGCGCUGGGCGAUAUUGAUUGUUCCGCUCAGACCAUUGAGUACUAUGCUGGCAUGGCUGGUACGCUUGCAGGCCAGCACGUCCAGCUUCCUGGUGGAUCCUUUGCCUACACCAGGAGGGAGCCCCUUGGUGUGUGCGUGGGAAUCGGUGCAUGGAAUUACCCCUUCGCGAUCGCAGCAUCGAAGUCUGCUCCUGCUCUGGCAUGUGGCAACGCCAUGGUAUUUAAGCCCUCUCCAAUGACUCCUGUGACUGCCGUCAUUCUGGCUGAGAUUUACAAAGAGGCAGGGGUACCAGACGGACUCUUCUGUGUGGUUCAAGGUGGAGCAGAAACUGGCACCUUGCUCUGCCAUCACCCAAAGGUCGCCAAAGUCUCUUUCACUGGCAGUGUGCCAACAGGCAAGAAGGUCAUGGAAAUGUCUGCAAAGGGUGUGAAGCAGGUGACUCUGGAGCUCGGAGGGAAAUCUCCUCUCCUGAUCUUCAAAGACUGUGAACUGGGAAAUGCAGUGAAAGGAGCACUCAUGGCAAACUUCCUGACGCAGGGACAGGUUUGCUGCAAUGGGACCAGAGUGUUUGUGCAGAGAGAGAUCAUGCCCAAGUUCCUGGAAGAAGUAGUAAAGAGGACUAAGGCCAUCCCUGUGGGUGACCCCCUGUUGGACGGCACCCGAAUGGGAGCGCUGAUCAGCAAGCCACAGCUGGAGAAAGUGCUGGGAUACGUCAACCAGGCCAAGCAACAGGGAGCUAAAGUGCUUUGUGGAGGAGAGCCCUUUGUCCCCAGUGACCCCAAAUUGAAAGGAGGCUACUUCAUGUCACCCUGCGUACUUGAUAACUGCAGAGAUGACAUGACCUGUGUGAAGGAGGAGAUCUUUGGCCCAGUCAUGUCCGUGCUGCCUUUCGACACAGAGGAGGAAGUGAUCAAGAGGGCCAAUGACACCACCUUUGGAUUGGCCUCUGGAGUUUUCACCAGGGACAUCUCUCGAGCCCAUCGUGUGGCUGAGAACCUGGAGGCAGGGACCUGCUUCAUCAACAACUACAACACCGGCUCUGUGAUGGUGCCAUUUGGAGGAUAUAAGAACUCAGGCUUUGGCAGAGAGAACGGCCAGGUGACAAUCGAGUACUACUCCCAGCUGAAGACUGUGGUCGUAGAAAUGGGCGACGUCGAGAGCCUCUUCUAAACUCACCAAGUUGUGCCACAGCUGUGAAUUAAAAGCUGCACCUCUACCUUCAUUCAUGAUCUAUGCACCAGAUCUGAGUACACGUAGCUCUCUCUUCUUUCACGAACACUACACCCACACCAGUACGUUUUUAUGUUAAAAUUCAUUAGCUAUUGUUAUGUUUACCCCUAAAACAGAGAAUUUUUAAGAUGUGGCUGAGCUUGUUUUAGUUUGAAAAUGCUGGGAUUGUGUUUUAGUCCGGACGUACGUAAACUGGGACUUUUGAAAAUGAUGACAUAGACACCCACGUGCCUCCUGAUUGGAUCUUAUCAGUUAUGCUGUAUUUGCUUUGCAACGACUCUCAAUCUGUUUUCUGCCACCUUGACUUGUGUUACUUUAGGUAAUAAUUCCAUUUUGUCCACCAAGCAAAAAAAAUCGUGUCUUACUUGUCACCAUUGCUGUUCUCUUGUCUGCAACCAACUAGAUGAUAUACUUCCUGUUUACACCAGCACAUGCAUGCCCAGUGUGCGUGGAUGGUCAUGUGACAUGCUAUUUCAUGCACGCUAGUAUGGACGGAGAUUAUUUCUGAAAUGGUGCUACAAUGUCUGUAUGUACAAAGAACAUUUUCACUUUCAAACACUGUUUUAAAAUAAAAACGUAUCAGUGUGGAUGUA